CCCCAGCCCCCGGACCCCGGCUUCCCGGCCCCCCACCAUGGAAGCCCUAAAGGAAAAAGUGUCCCCGGGUAGGCGAGCCUGAUCGUUCUCCCGACGACAGGUCGCCCACCUCCCCCCCAAAAACGAUGAAGACCCUGGUGCGCCAUGGGCUGGCCGUGUGUUUAGCGCUGACCACCAUGUGCACCAGCUUGUUGCUCAUGUACAGUGGGCUGGGCGGCCCCAAGGAGGAGCGGCGACGGCAGCAGCAGCCUCAGCCUCAGCAGCAGCCCCAGGCCCAACCCCAGGCCCAGGCCCAGGUCCAGCAGCCGGGGGCGGCGGGGGCAGCGGGGCCUGCAGGCACGAGCGGGAAGACCCCGGUCCAGGGCUCGCUGCGGCGACCACUUCCACACGCGGGCUCUCGCCUGCUCGACGGCUACAUCAGCGUCACAGACCACAAGCCGCUGAAAAUGCACUGCCAGAGUUGCGCCCUCGUCACCAGCUCGGGGCACCUGCUGGGCAGCAAGCAGGGAGACAAGAUCGACGAGGCCGAGUGUGUGAUUCGAAUGAACGACGCGCCCACCUGGGGGUACGGGAGAGACGUGGGCAACAAGACAAGCCUGCGUGUCAUCGCCCACUCCAGCAUGCAGAGGGUCCUGCGCCACCGCCACGAACUGCUCAACAUGAGCCAGGGCACCGUCUUCAUCUUCUGGGGCCCCGGGAGCUACAUGCGGAGAGACGGGAAAGGGUUGGUCUAUAAUCACCUGCGGUUGAUGAAUCAGAUACUACCUCAGCUGAAAGUCUACAUGAUCACUCGACACAAGAUGAUCCAGUUUGACGAUCUCUUCAAGCGGGAGACGGGCAAGGACAGGAAGAUAUCCAACACUUGGCUCAGCACCGGUUGGUUCACAAUGACGAUAGCUCUAGAGCUCUGUGAUAGGAUAAAUGUCUACGGCAUGGUACCCCCCGAUUUCUGCAGGGAUCCUAGUCAUUCUUCGGUACCUUAUCAUUAUUAUGAACCCUUGGGAUCCGAUGAAUGUACGAUGUACAUUUCACACGAGCGGGGACGAAAGGGCAGUCAUCACCGUUUUAUCACAGAGAAACGAGUCUUUGAGAACUGGGCCCGGACAUUCAAUAUUCACUUUUUUCAGCCAGCCUGGAAGCCGGAAUCACUCACCAUAAAUCACCCCGAGAUUAAACCGGUGUUCUGAGGAAUGAAUGCACAAGACUGCAAUCACAAUCACCUACUGGAUCAGACUUCAGGGUAUUGAGCCUCGUAUCCCAGCAAGCCAACCUAAAAAGGAAAGGUUAACAGGAUUUGUGGAUGAAAACUGCUACAAUAUUCAAGGAGUUACUAUGAAAGAAUGCAUAAGGGGACAUUUUCUAUCAAAUUGUAUCCUAAUCUAAUGUGUACUUCCGCCGUCUGUCUGACCUAUGUGUGUGUGAUUUGUAAAAAGCAGCCCGCAGUAGUAGAGACAUGGUUACUGAAGAGCACAUGGCCACAGACUUUCAUAAUGCAAAUCUACAGUAGUUAUUUAUUGAAGGGUUUUUAAAGGCAAUCUAGGCCAGUAUUUUUCUAAAUCACGACCAUGUGUUCCUAACCCUUGAAGAGUCCUAGUGACAUGUUUCAAUUUGAAAAGAAAAUGGCCCUUGUUGGCAAGCAAUUGAUAUUUGAUCUGCAAAUACUGCACUGCUUUUUUUAAAACCCCUGAUUUCACUCCUGCAUUUGAUCUUUAACAAGAAGGUUCCUACAUGCUGCUCUACUAAGUCUCUGCCAUUUACAAAACACUGCAAAGUCUCAAAAUUCAAACCAAAAGAAAAUCCCUUCAGGAGAAGUGUACGGGUGCAGCCAAGAUGUCAGCCCAAGAGUCGUUUUCUUAAGGGGAUAGUGGAGACUACCCCUCUCUCCAGCUUGGGUACUUUGCACUGUGGAGGCCAGGAAACCUCCCUGGGAGGUCUUUUGGUUGUCAAUAACCUCAUUAUUCUUUGCCAGUCGGUCAGUAGAAUUUAUUGGGCGCUUAGUGUGUUCAUAGCCCUGUACUAGGCGCUUGAGAGAGUACGAUUUAAUGGACACAUUCCCUGCCCACAACAAGCUUACAGACUAGAGGGACUUUGUGGCCUUUAUACUCCCCAUUCCCUCACCCUCUCCCACCGCUAUUCACAGGCUGCUUCCCCCUCCAGCCCACGUUGCUCUCUGGCCUCCGAUUCUUAAUUUGGUGCCUUCUUGUACCCUACUUACAUGGUGCUCCCAGCCUACACCAGCAAGAGAGCAGAUUUCAUUUAACCUUUCCCCAAGAUAUGCAGUAUGAGGAAGUACCUCACCACAUGACUACCUAAACCAGGCUGAUUCACCGCAGACCUCCUGUAAUGGCUACCUGGGAGCUGGGCUCCCCGAUGGUGCAGAAUUUUUACAAAUUUGAGGUCUCCGAUCCUUAGGUCAGUUGGCAAUUAGGCAAGAGGCGACAAUGUGCUGGCAUCUUCGUCACCUGAAGCUUGGGAGAGAUCAGCCUCGGUGGUACUAAAGUUGAAGACAUUAGGAAAAACGAUACUCCAUAUGGGAGACCCACUGUGUCGGACUAUUAGAUCCCGGUUUGAGAAUAAAAAGGAUUUCAGUGUUACCGCUUCUUUUGCCUUUACCUGACAAGUAUGAAUAUUCAAUUCCACAGGAGUAGCGGGGAAUAAUUUCCUUAUUACAGGGUGUGUUGUAGUUGAGUCACGGAAGCAAUCCCGUUAUACAAAUAAUAAAAAUGAAAGUGUUACUAUCGUCAUGUGGCUUAAA